AAUCAUUAUUUUGAAGUUCCGUUCUUUCUAUCUCCCGGCACCACCAUCUCUUCUCCAUCCUCCAUCGACCAUCUUCAUGCCAUCCAUUGUAUCCAGCUAGAGUCACAACUCUUAGUCCAUUCGGCCUUCUUGUACCCAACCUCGCCCUUCUGCCUUCCCAGCUCUAUCCUCCACGUCGAGCCGUCUCCAACUGCCGCGCCGUCGCCGACUGCCUCCUGGUGGGCCGACUACCCGUCUCUCAUUUGACAAAAAUGGAGUGUGAGUUGCUCUGGCUCACUUGUUCACCACUGGUACGUUCACUAACUUCGCCCUCCACUGUCACACAGCUUCCUCUCUCGAUUUUCCUUUCGUCUCUCAAGCUCAACUCUCGACCCCGAGUAGUCUUACAAAGGUGUGUGAGUAAGGACGAACCACUCCUAGAAGGGCUUCCCAAGGAGUACUACGAUGAUGAAUGGCAAGCCAAACAGAGGGAGAAAACAAAGGAACUGCAUCAAAAACGUCAAGAGGAACAGGAAGAAGAAGAAAGGAAAGUUGAAGAGUACCGCGAAAUCGGCUUGCGAUUAAAGGGCUAUCCAGAAGAAGAUGUACGCAAUGCUCGAAUAUUGGUUUCGAACUUAAUUCGAGCUGCUGAAGAAGUGGAAGAGAAAAUCGAGGAGGCUGCUGAGAAAGGAGAACUCACUGAACUUGUUCUGAUGGUAAUAUGGAAUCGCCUUGAUCUUGCUCGACGUGAUGAAGAAAAGGAUGCUAUUAGAAGUCUUGAUCUGCUUUACAGAAGAGUCGAGACGGAAAUUUUGAAAAGGGAGGCAACUCCUGCCAUGAGACUGCUCAACGAUCUUUUAAAUAUGCAUGAUGGGUUUGAUGAUGAAGUGUGGUUGAAAGAAUGUAGAAAGCAUAUGGCGGACACUUUUCCUCAAGAAGAUCCAUUUAGCAUUCUUGUUCCUGCAGGAUUUGACAUCGAUACGCAUCAAGGGCCUCUACGACCACCGCUCGAUGCUGAUGAUGCUCUGUUGAGAGUCGACUUUGUGAGAGAGGUGGAUGCACUACUACGAGAGGUGAGAGCGGAACAAAGAGAAACAGAAAGCGCACAAGGACUUGAUCCUGAAUCCGUAGCCAACAAAAUGAAGCAACAAGAGAAGCAGCGAGCCAUACGCCAAGUAGAAGCUAUACUAGACCUGGCAAUUAACUUAAAUUAGUAACAAACUUUUAGGUAGUUGUAGUUGUAAGAUAUACUAGAGACGUUUGGCCUAUUGUUGGUCACUCGUGCUGAGUUUUGUACCUUGAAACCAUUGAUAGAAAAUCGAAUGUUGUUAAAUCAUUGAACUAAGGGGGUGUUUGGUAUGGGGUAAAGUAAAGGUGGGAAUGAGAAUCUAAAACUCUUCUUAUGUUUGGUUCAAAUUUUAAGGGGUUAAAGUUAAUUUGUGUGAGUCUCACAUAUAUUUUGAAGGUAAAGUGAAUCAUUUUGUACACAAGAGUUUAAUGUUACAUUCAUUCUAAGUC